CGUCGUUUGUGGUAGAAGAAUGGCCUUUGUGGCCGGAGGGGGCGCGCUUGACAGUGUCGGCUCUUCACGCUGAGCUGUUUCCUGGGCGCAUGCAGCGUCACAGUCCAGUCCAGUACUAUGUGGCAGCGCGUGUAUGCGCGUGCAUGUGAGAGGCAGGGUUGGGGCAGAGUUUCGGAGCACGUUCAGUUGACAGGCGUCGCCGUUGCUACUCGAUUCCGAUAACAACACAAGCGAAGACACGGAGCUGUCGCGAGAUACGAGCCUUUGACUGGAUUAAGCCGAGAAAAGCCGUUUUGGACGGACCGAGCUCAAGGCGGAUGAGCGCAGCCCGCGGGAGGGCAAGUGUGUUUCUGCGGAGGGGUCCAGUCAGCGAAAGAUGAACAAAAACCACCGAGUGCCGAGCAACCGAACUCUGAACGCCGUGGAGGUGAAGAGCAAGUUUGGAGCAGAAUUCAGGCGGUUCUCUUUGGAACGGUCCAAGCCGGGACGCUUUGACGAGUUCUAUGGCUUGCUGCAGCAUGUGCACCGGAUCCCCAACGUCGAUCUGCUUGUGGGUUACGCCGAUGUCCACGGGGACCUACUGCCAAUCAACAAUGAUGACAACUACCAUAAAGCAAUUUCCAUGGCAGCACCCCUGCUGCGUCUCUUCUUGCAGCGCAAAGAGGAGGCAGAUUACUCAGCAUUCGGCACGGACACCGUGACCCGUAAGAAGACCCCGGCGGCACUCGCAGCGGUGAAGAAGCCUCCUAUUAUCAUCAGCCUGCCCAAAGAUUUCCGGCCAGUGUCCUCCAUCAUUGACGUGGACAUCCUACCAGAGACACACCGCCGUGUCCGUCUCUACAAACACGGUCAGGAGAAACCACUGGGCUUCUACAUUCGCGAUGGUUCCAGCGUGCGCGUUACACCCCAAGGCCUGGAAAAGGUCCCGGGCAUCUUCAUCUCCCGCAUGGUCCCUGGAGGCCUGGCUGAGAGCACGGGACUGCUGGCCGUCAACGACGAGGUGCUCGAAGUCAACGGCAUCGAGGUGAGCGGGAAGUCUUUGGACCAAGUAACGGACAUGAUGAUCGCUAACAGCCACAACCUCAUUAUAACCGUCAAACCGGCCAAUCAGCGCAAUAACGUGGUACGCAACAGUGGAGGCGGAGCCACAUCCGGCAGCUCAGGACGAUCAUCUGACAGCAGCACCAGUUUCUACGGUUACUCAACUCCUGGUUUGAUGGCGAUGACCCCGUCCCAUAUUAUCCAGAACUAUGAACCAGAUGAGGAGAGCGAGGAGGAGGAGGAUCUGGUUAUCGAGGCAGACAGAGGGGCUAAACUUAUUCUGCAGGCAGGGGCGCGGGCGACAGCCAGCACCAGCAUGCCCGCCCUGCCCAGGUAUGAGCCCCACCUCGACCUCCGCACCUCAAAUGGUACCAUGGCAAGCAGUGCAAGCGCAGGGUCUCUGAAUGCCCACAAGGGUUUGGAAGGGCGAAGUCUAGAGGAGGACGGAACAGUCAUUACACUGUAAAGACGCACACACAUGCCAAUACACACUCUUGUGUGCCAUAGGACUGAAAAUGCAUGUCUUUAUAUUUGGUCCAGGAGCAAAAGAGAAGACCAGUCACCACAGCACCUUACAGCACUUCUCUAAAACCGCAGAACCAGGUAGUUCCUAUCAUCAAACCCUUAGAGAGCAGCACAGCACCAAAAAUAGCUGCUUCUUGAGUAAUAAUGAACUUCCUGAGUCAGUGUGAUUGAAUGAAUGCAGACGGCCGUCAGAUACUCGGCACCGUAUGAGUCAUGACAAUCUUUUUAUACUUUGACAACUACUCCCUUCCCAGCAACGAGGCUCUAGCGUUAUCAGAGAACAAAGUACAAUGGAUUUUACCCAUCCUAUACGUUACCAUGGUAACUGAGUCUGAGCUACAGAACUUCAGAAGGAACUGAAAUAUGCUCUUCAUCCAUUCCUGUCUGCAACACUAACACUCUCAGCCUACCAAUUUUUUUUUGUGGUUUUCAGGGGAAUUAUGAACCUUUGUGGGGCUCGAGUGAAUGUUUAGGAGAUAUGUUCAUGUGAUCGGACGUUUCAGUACGGUUAUAGACUGCUGCCUUGGUUAAGAUACAGAUGUCUAUUAUCAUCUCAGAAGUUUUUAAUCAUAGCCAAAAAGACAGAUGAUUAAUGUCAUAUUUUUCAUACCGAUAUGUUUUAUUUGUAUCACUUAUAUUUCCUUAUGACAAGGGCUAUCAUCCUGCUCUUUGCAACCUGUGGUUUAUUUUACCCAUUGAUCUUGACUUGAUAACCCUUUCUGGGGAUUUGGAAUACAUAAUCAUUAUCUUUAAUGUUUCGAAGGAGUGCUCUGAUGUGAACACAUGGUGGUUUCAUUUAUGAAGAGUGUCUCUACUGUGAUGCUUUUCAAUAAGGUUCAUUUUGUUAACAUUAGUUAAAAGGAUAGAUAUCAUUUACUCACACUCAUGUCAUUCUAGACCUGUAUGAUUUUUCUCUCUUCUAUGGAGUAUGAAAGAAGAAAUUUCCAUACAUGGAAAGUCAGUGGGGUCCAGUGUUUGUUUAGACCCCAGUGAUUUUCAUUGUAUGGGUAUAUAAUGAAAUAUAUUUAAAGAUAUGCAGGUUUGAAACAAAGUGGUGGUGAUGACAGAAUUAAAAUUUUUGGGAGUGAACUAUACAUUUAAUUCAUUAGGUAUUAUGACUAACAAUUAAUAAUAUUUGUACAUUAUCCAUGCUAAAGUUAAUUUCUGCAUAUACUAAUAUUUACUUUUUAUCAUUUAAAGUUGUUUAAAUAAACAUUAGAUAAUGUAUCAUGAACAAUGAACAAUAGUAUGUGUAUAAAUUAACAUAAACCUGGAUUAAUGAAAGCUGUAGAAAUAGUUUAUUUUGGGUUCGUAAUACAUAAUGCAUUAUUUAAUGUUAACAAGUUGAACCUUAUUUUAAAGUGUUACCUCUAACAAAAUAAGUGUUGCUAUCAAAGUAUGGAGAAAACUACCCUUGAUUUAUAGUGAAUCACUAUGAAUAUUGAAUAUCUACCAAAAUAUUCAGUAUCUUCCCUUUCCCUUUAUUAAAGAUUGUGUGUGUGUGUGUGUGUGUGUGUGUGUGUGUGUGUGUGUGUGUGUGUGUGUGUGUCAGCAGUGUUGUGUUGUGUGUGUGUGUGUGUGUGUGUGUGUGUGUGUGUGUGUGUGUGUGUCAGCAGAGUACCAGCCAAACCCUUCAGAAAUUAUGUAACAGUUGGGUUAGUUUCAACAUUAC